AGGCGCUCGUCGUCCGGCCGUCCCAGUCCGACGCCGACGCCUUCCUGGGCUUCGCCGCGCGGUUCUGCGGCCGGCCGCCGCGGCAGCCCGCUGGGGGCGGCCGGCCCAGCUCGGCGCCGGAGGAGCUGGACGACCUGCAGCGUGCCGCUGUCACGGCCGCGCCGCGGCCGCUGCCGGGCUUCGGAGAGCCGCCGCCCGACGAGCCAGCGAAGCUCCGCGGCGCGGGCGUCGGGGAGCGGCCGCCGGUGGUGCAGGCGGGCGCGGGAGGAAUCCGGCCACUGCCAGACGUCUCUGUGAUGAUGUCGCAGAUCUGCGGCAAGGCCGUGCUGUGCGCCCCGCCGGCGGCGGGGCGGCGCGCCCCGCCCGCGGGGCAGGCGCGGGGAGGCCGCGCGGAGGACAGGUGGGACCGGCUGGACGUGUACAGGGGCAAGGUCGACGCCGUCUCCGAGAUCCGGCAUAUGCUGCCGUGAGGGCGGCUCGCGGCCUCGGCCCUGGCGCCGCGGCCCCUUCCAUCGCUCCUCCUCUGGCUUGCCUCCUCCUCCCCCCGUCCCUCCCUCUGGCAGGCGUGGGCUCCGCCGCCCCCCCCCAAAUUCGAGAGAGCCGCUGCUGCACGCGGCUCGCAGGCCCCGCGGCUUCCGCCGCGCCCCCAGGGCGCACUGCCGCUCGUGCUCCCCCGCGGAUGUGGUGGCCUUUGUUUCUUCUGCAUUCGUCGUCCUUUUGCGUCCUUUGUUCACCCCGACCUGCUGGUGCAUGCCGAACAAUGCAGAAGCGUGGCACCCCUUUGCGUUUCACUUGCGGCCACCUGCGCAUACCUGGCAAGCGCAGGAAAGGGGCGCGUCGUUUUCCAGACGGAAGGUGUGCGGAUGGGCGGGAUGGCGAUACGCAGCCUUCGUCGUCUUUGUCC